GAGAGCGCUAAAGUUCACAACUGUCUGACUGACAUCACAGGAAGCUCCAAGACAAAUCUGAUCUGAUGAGGGCUGUGGCUUUGCCACUAACUAGAUAUAUAAUUUUAUUUAGACAGUUUGCUGUGUGAAUUGUGUCUAUACUGGGAUACUCGUUAUCUUUAUAAGCUCGCUGAGGAUGGCUGAGCCAAGUGGGAGAUAUCAGCAGCUGCCCAAUGAAGAGGAGCCAGAGGAGGGAGCUCAGGUGGCCAGUGAUCCUCCGCCCCCUUACAGCAGUUUUGCAGCUGACAGCGCAGCAUAUUUUGAUUACAAAGACGAUGCAGCGUUUCCCAAGCCCCCUUCUUACAACGUAGCCACAUCUCUACCAUCGUACGAUGAGGCAGAGCGGACCAAAGCAGAGGCUACUAUCCCACUGGUGUCAGGCCGAGAUGAUGACUUUGUGGCCAGAGACGACUUUGAGGAUGCUGACCAGCUGCAGAUAGGCAAUGACGGCAUUUUCAUGUUGACAUGUUUCAUGGCAUUCCUCUUCAGCUGUAUUGGCUUCUUUCUAUCAUUCUGCCUUACAACCUCAGCAGCUGGGCGUUAUGGCGCCAUAUCUGGGUUUGGUCUGUCCCUCAUCAAAUGGAUCCUCAUUGUACGGUUUUCUACUUAUUUCCCUGGUUACUUUGAUGGACAGUACUGGUUAUGGUGGGUGUUUCUGGUGCUUGGCAUCCUGCUCUUCCUCAGAGGCUUUAUUAACUACGCCAAGAUCCGAAAAAUGGCUGACUCCGUUUCUACUCUUCCGCGGACCAGAGUUCUCUUCAUCUAUUAAAGUCACUUGCUGGAAAUGAAAACACAUUCACGGGCCUGCAUUGAGCCGUUGACCCAGUGGGGAAAGUAUAUUUAAGAAAAAAAAAUCCUUCCAUCUGUUAUCUACUCAUCUGAAAGGAAGACCGUGGAAUUCCAGAGCGAUGGAGGAAGAGUGUUUUUUUCUUCUUCUUUUUUCCACCCUCUGCUUUUGAAAAUGCAGUUUGGGUGUCAGAUAGCAAGAUACUCUUUUUACGUUUCUAGAUGUAAAGUAGUGGAUGCUAACAGCUCUGUACCUGUUCUGAAAUCAUUAGUGGUUUGAUGUUGAGUGCUAUUUGCUCUUUUCAAGUCUGUAAUGUAUUAAAAAAGCCUUAUGUAUGAGAUCUUGUUUGUAGUAAAGGCAUGCACUAUACUCCCUGUUAACCAGUAGGGGGAAGUCUUGCUUUUUUAAUUUCAGUGUUUUUUCCCCCCUCCCUCAUUCAGUGACGUUUGACAAGAAGGCAACCAGUCACUGCUGGUCACCAUUCAUGAAGAGCUUUUUCUUUGUGAAUGGCAGUGUGAAAUGAAGUGAAUCUAAAACAGUUGAUGCUUUUCUUUUCUUCUAUUCUCUUCUACUGUUUCUCUCUCGCUCCCUACAUGACAUGAAAUUAAAGUUGCUGUUUUUAAGUUACCAUUUUUGAUGUGGUUCAGACAUGUAGUUUUUCGAGUGGCUUAUUAAUAGCAAAAUUAAGAUCAUGGAAUAUAGAAGGCGCAUGAAUGGCAUCUAGCAUUAGCAAAUGUUUUUUGUUUGUUUUUUUGCACUCAACAUUUGGCCUCAUGUUUGAGCACUUGCAACUUUUUCAGCGAAGGAAACUUUAAUAUUUGCAGUCGAAAGUUUGUCCCUUUUAUACAACGAGGCUGAUGGUAGUGCACAUUUUUCCGACCUUUGAAUAUACAUUUAGCCGGAUGCCUCUCCCCCACCUUGUGCAGUGGCCACGUUAGGGGCCCGUUUGAUCUCUCGCUGUCUAAUCAUGCAUGAUUUUGUUGUGGCUUGUCUGCUCUUGUCACCUUGGGUCUCGUCCAUGACACAGGAAGUUACUCUUUUGUGUUCAGUUUUCCAUGCGGCUUUGCGGUCACCCUUUGAAUUCCAAUGGCUGUGCACAUGUAUUUGCUUGUAAAUAAGAUACUGCUAUUAAAUGUCUGUUCAACAUUUA